AUGAUACAGGCAGCUACAGAUUUGGUGUCGCGCCCAGCGAUUGCUGUGCCGCUCAUCAUCUUCCUCUCGUACAUCACAUACCAGCUCUUCAUCAAACCCUCAAAUCUCCCAGACCUACCUAUUAUCGGCGCCCGUAAAAGCGACUGGUUUCCUCUUUUCCAAGCCCGAAUCCGAAACUCUCUCAAUGUCAAAGCAGUCCUCAACUCGUCGUAUGCCCAGUACAAGAACCAAGCAACCAUUCUCCCUCUGCUUGACGGUGGAAAUGUCAUCUUGUUACCGCGAUCCGACACCAAAUUCGCGAGCGAGCAGCCAAAUGAUCAGCUCAGCUUGCAUGAGUCUGCGCAACAUGAUUUGCAGACGGAUUGGACUACCAUGACUCCCUCAUUGACCCGCGACCCUAUCCAUCUGGAUCUAGUGCUUACGCAUCUCACCAAAGAGGUCGGUAACCUCAUUCCUGAUUUAGCCGAGGAGAUUGAGCAUUGUGUCCGUCAGCAAUGGGGUACCAGUUCAGAGUGGACCGAAGUUUGCAUUUUUGACAACGCCCAGCUCAUCACCAGCGGCGUGACAAACCGUGCAUUUGUCGGGUUUCCGCUUUGCCGAAAUGACGAGAUGCUCAAGCUGGGUAUCGCUUUUGCCCAAGACAUACCGCUAUCGUCAAUGCUUCUCAAGCCCUUCCCCAACUUUCUCAAACCACUUGUCGCACCGAUAAUCGCCCUGCCCAACAGAAUUCACAACAACAAGUUUGAGAGAAUCCUCAAACCAGAAAUUCAGGAACGACUUGCAAAGUACGAUGCACAAGCGACAGAAUCCGAGAAGCCUCCCAAGUCUGAGCGGAACGACUACCUGCAGUGGUUGAUCGAGCAAGCCAAGGAUAUCGGACACCCCAAGAACUGGAAGGUCAACGCCUUAUCAGAACGUGUUCUCAUGAUGAACUUUGCAUCUAUUCAUACAACUACGUUUGCCGUUACUCACGCUCUCCUCGACAUUGCUGCGUCGUCUCCAGAUCUUAUCGCGGAGUUACGAGAUGAGAUCAAGAGCGUGCUCGAGCGACACGACGGGAAGUGGAACAAACGCGCCGUCGCAAAGCUAGAAAAGCUCGAUUCCGCCAUCCGCGAAAGCCAGCGCAAGAACUCCAUCGUUUCAGUAGCCGUCUCUCGUACUGUCGUAGCAGAGAAGGGUGUAACAUUUCCAUCAGGCACACAUGUGCCCAAGGGUCUCAGGAUAGCCGUCCCAGGUUACUCCGUCUUUCAAGACCCCGAGGUCUACCCCGAGCCAAAGAAAUACAACGCCCUGCGCUUUUACAAUGCACGACAAAACGAGAAGGACGAAUAUGUGAAGAGUGCUCGCAAUGCAUGGCCGACAACCUCAACAGACUUUUUGGCUUGGGGUUUAGGGCGAAAUGCUUGUCCUGGAAGGUUCUUUGCGUCGAGUGAGAUCAAGAUGAUGAUUGCUUAUAUGUUGCUGAAUUAUGAUAUCGAACAUUUGGAUGAGAGGCCGCGCAAUACUUGGAUUGUGCAGAAUCGGAUUCCUCCUAUGAAGGCGACGUUGAGGAUCAGAAGAGUAUCGCAGCCAUAG